GCUAGAAACCAUUGAUAAUCUUUACAGAAAGAAACACAAAAUAGAGCGCCGAAAAAUAUUAUAAUAUUUUGUUUCGCCAACGUUCGUAUAUGGGCCUAAUUUUCUAUUGGGCCGUUGCCCUUAUGAUUGUAAAAUCUUAUUCGUAGAACGAAAUUGUUAAGCUCGUGUCUGCAAGUUCAGAGUUUGUGUCCGGUUAUACGAUUCGUCGGUACCAAAACCCUCCGAGAAGUGUUUCAGAGUAUCUCUGUCUACACAAUGUCCGGCGAGGAAGACGCCACCGUGAGGGAGCCACUAGAUCUGAUUAGGCUGAGUCUCGACGAGAGAAUCUAUGUCAAGCUCCGGUCAGACCGCGAGCUUCGCGGCAAGCUUCACGCGUUUGAUCAGCAUUUGAAUAUGAUUCUGGGUGAUGUUGAAGAAACUAUCACAACAGUAGAAAUCGAUGACGAGACAUAUGAAGAGAUUGUUCGGACUACAAAGCGGACGAUUGAGUUUCUAUUUGUGAGAGGAGAUGGAGUGAUAUUGGUGUCUCCACCGCUGAGGACAGCAACCUGAGUUAAAUCUCAAAUCUUUUGUGUCCUCUUAUCUUAAGGGGAAUUUGUGACUAUUGUUGUAUUUAGUCACUUUUUUUGUCUAAACUAAAACAAGCUUGAAGAAGCUACUUUGCUUAAUUUCCAAUGCUUUUCAGAUACUUUCAUUGUGUGAUAUCUUAAUUACAACCCAAUUAUCUGAGUUCACAAAUAAAGAUAGAUUCUGAAG